AUGCGGCGGCAGCAGGGCAUGCGACUCGAUGACAGAUACGUUCCGUACUUGCAGAUGGCCGGACUAUACCAUCUUGCAAGGCUGAACGACAGAUGGUUCCGGUUAGACGAGGCCCUUGUCAGUGCAUUCGUUGAGCGAUGGCGUCCGGAGACGCACACGUUUCACAUGCCAUUCGGAGAGUGCACGAUCACACUUCAGGACGUGGCAUACCAGUUGGGUUUGCCAGUGGACGGGCGUUACGUCAGCGGCUGCCUAUCAGAAUUCCAUAUUUACAUCCAGGGUGGCCGUCCAGCCUGGGAGAUUUUUGGUGAGUGCCCCGAGGGAGCUGAUGACGAGAUUGUGCGGAGAUAUGCCCGUGCAUACAUCAUGAUGUUGUUGGGUACGCAGCUGCUUGCGGACAAGUCCGGCAAUCGCAUUCACAUCAGAUGGCUUCCCUACGUAGCUAGGCUGGAGGAGAUGGGUACAUACAGCUGGGUUCUGCAGCACUGGCAUGGUUGUACCGGUGCAUGUGCCGAGUGGCGAACAGACAUGUGGUCAAGUUAG